GCUACUUUUCAUUUCUAAAACGCAAACGGUUUCUGAAAUUCCCCCAAAGAAAGAAAAAAGACACGAGAGAGAGAAAGAGAGAGAUGGAUGAAGAUGAGAUCUUCACUUCAAAAGGUUAGAUCGAUCUCUCUCUCCUCUUUCAUCGAAUCUCGAUUGUUAGAAACCCUCACUUCUUCCCUUUGUGAUCUGCUGCGUUCCGUUUUCUAGGGUUAGGAAUUUUUCCUCUGCCGAUUCUGUCAUUUUAGGCGAUUAUCUUCAAUUGAUGAAAAUGCCUGACUGAAUUUUCUAGUGUUAGGGUAUCCGACUGGGAAUUUUCUAGGGUUACGAUUUUUUUCCACCCGUCUCUCUCACUGUCUGCACGUUGGGUUUGGUUGCGUUUCUAAGGUUUUGGGUUGCGUUUCACGAUCGCGUGUUUCCUUUCAGUGCUUUGUCCUCGUUGAAUCACAGCUUGUAUCUACUGUCUGAUUUGUUUUAUUCGGUCGCUUUUUGGCGACUACUUCUCUCCUGAAAUCAUAUUUUCUGGAGGUUGGAAGAUGCGGUCUCGGAGAUCUGAAGGUGGCAGUGCCAGUGUUAGGAUCCGAUCUCCACCGUCGUCUUCAGCAGCGAAGAUUCGGGAACACCACCGAUCUGAAUGGCGUUCCAAUCCUUACCGGAAGGAACGCCACAGCCCUCCACCGGAGCGUGAGAGGCUGUCUCGGAGGGUUUUGGAUGGCGGGGAUCGGCGCAGCGCUUCUGUUGAAAGGAGAGAUUUUGCUCGGCAUUUGGAUGGAGGUCGAGACGUCAGCAGUGGGGUGCGCUUGCGCCAGUUUGAUGAGGCUUACCUUCGCCAGGACUCUACACCCAUUGAUUUCCGGCGUAAAUACUUUGAUUUCGAUGUUGAAGGAAACCCUAACUUGAAGCACGUUGGUGUCAGCGGUGGAGAUGGUAUUGGAGGUAGUAGUACUUCAAGGCCUGGAAAGGAUAAAGAUUUCCAAGGAAACGGGUCAUCGGGCCUCGAUGGGCAUGGGAUGCUGCUUCAAAAAUCAAUGUGCUUGGAAGAUGGGUCGGUUCGGACCUUCUUUUCACUACCUCCAGAUGGUGCCUAUGCAUUGUCGUCAGGAUUGAAUCCUGGCAAACAUGGUGGUAGUAGUGCCUUCGCGUCGUCUUCGGGGGUUAAUUUGAAUGUUGGCCUCCGCGAAGAGAAAGACCUUCGCUAUCCAAACAAGUUAUUGGUGAGAGAACCUUAUGAGGAAGAAGAAGAGAAACAGCGAUUGUUCUAUUCUAGGGAUGCUUCGUAUCCUACAAUACUGCCAUCUGUUUCACAGUCUAAGGCUUUUGGAAAUACCUCGAGUGGCCUUGGGAGGGAUGAUUUCCUCAGUUCGUAUCGUGAGCAUUUGCAUCUACCAUCAGCGGUUGGGUUUGGUAGGAGCAGCGGUGGCAAGUUCACAGACAUUUCGGAAGGGUACGGUGGGAGGCAAGAACUCUUUGACCCAACGAAUGGCCCUGAGAUGCGAUCGAAAGAUCUGAAAUCCUAUCAGCGGGACCUAAUUAGCCCAUCCAGGGAUGAGUCUCGGGAUUAUAGGUAUCCUGAACUUGGUCGAAGAGAUAGGGAUGAUCUGCCUUUUUUGUCUGAUGAAUUAUACAAGAAGAUGCAGCUGAAUGCUCGAGGGGACUACUAUAGCAGAGAUGCAUUGGGGUCAACUUUCAUGGAUCAUACUGGAGAUGGGAUAGACGACGCUGAGACUUCACGCAGAAUUCUCAGAGACAAUGGCUCAUGGGAUCACUAUUCUCUACAAAGAGAUCCAGUCUCAGACUACCACGAUGUGAAUAGAGUCCCUCUGUCAACAGAUCGACGUGGGGAACUUUUUGGUUCUGGAAGCACACAUCUUGAGUUCGGAACGGAAGCAUCCCGAGAUCGUGAUGUCACUUAUUUUGGAGGAGAUUAUGUUUUUGGAAGAGAUGCAGAUGUAGCAGAUUACAGAGAAAGAUUGAGGAGUCCAUUGAGAUCAGAACAUGAUCCAGAUGUGUUCAGAACUGAUGUGAACCCCCAAGGGCCCCAGCGAAGGUUGAAUGCGGAGGAGCUAGGUGUUUAUGAUCCAUCUGAGAGGACAAUGAAAAGAAAACAUGCCAUAGAUGAGAUGGAUAGGCAUAAUUUGAGAAGUGUAUUACCACAUAAUCACAAUAUAUCGAGACGGAUUCCCGAGAGGAGUGGCAGUGCUGAGCGGAGGAUUCUGGAAGGCCGGAUCGGGCCAUCACCAUCCCAAAGAUUGGGCUUUGGACGCACCCAAUAUAGAAAGCCUGGGAGGAUAAUUGAUGGUUCAUGCAGAAUAUCAAUAUCUGAUGAUUCACUGCCAUCUGAAGAUCUACCAGUACAUGUGCGAGGUGGGUUCAUUGGAUCCCGUCUUAGUGGCAGCCGAGAACUUAGCUUAAAAAGGCGGUUGAGACUUGGUCCUUCAGCCAUUCAUAAUUCAGUUCCAUUCGACAAAAGACAAGGUUUUUUCAGACCAUACAAAUUUCGUAAAGGAGCCUUAGAAGAGAGGCAUGGUGGUGCCAAUGCACACGAUUGUGAUAUGUUAGAAGAUACAGUGCCACUUGUGAAGAAGAAGGCUGAUCCACCAGAAGGCUCAGAGGAGUUCAAGCAGCUGGUCCAUAGAGCCUUCCUUCGGUUUUCUAAACAGUUGAAUGAGAGUCCGGCUCAGCAAAAAAGGUACAGGGAGCAAGGAAAAGCUGGUAACCUGCUUUGCAGCGUAUGUGGCAGCCUCUCGAAGGAGUUUGGGGACACACACAGCUUGGUAACCCAUGCAUUCAAUUCCCUCAAGGUCGGCUUAAGAACAGAUCACUUGGGCCUUCACAAAGCGAUCUGUGUGAUGAUGGGGUGGAACAGUCUCAUUGCCCCUGACACUGGGAAGGCCUACCAGUCCAUGCCUAUUGCCGAAGCUUCAGCUCUGAAAGUGGACCUCAUUCUAUGGCCCCCACUCGUGAUCAUUCACAACAGUUCCAUUGGAAAGAAGAACAACGAUACACCGGUGGUUGUAACCAAUGAAAGAAUGGAGGAAAUACUCAGAGAGAUGGGGUUUGGUGCAGGAAAGGCCAAGGUAUGCCGAGGGAAGCCUGCGAACCAUAGCAUUCUGGUGGUGAAGUUCAUGCCAACAUUUUCCGGAUUACAAGAAGCGGAGAGGCUUAACAAGCAUUAUGCUGAGAACAAGCGCGGGAGGAAGGAGUUUGAGCAGAUUGCUUCCAAAGAACGUGGCAAAGGCAUGGGUGGAGGAGAGGCACUGGUGGAGAAGGCAGAGCUACUUCUCUACGGGUACAUGGGGAUUGCUGAGGACUUGGAUAAGCUUGACUUUGAAACUAAGAAAAGGUGUGUGGUGAAGAGCAUGAAGGACAUUGAAGCCAUUGCAGAUGCUCCUCUUGUAGCUGAUUCCGAAGUGUGACAGAUUUAUCUGCUAUUGUAAGUAAGGCUGACCCUUUUCUUUUUCUUUUUCUUUUUGUUUCGUUGAUGUUUACUGAUUGAGAAAUGAUCAUACACAACCCUGUCUUUUAGCUUAACAUACACCGUUUUAAUUUUUGCUGA